AUGAAGCCUUCAAGCUUGACAGGUCUUGCGGGGGAGAAAACGCUGCAAUCCAGCUUCAUCCGGGACGAAGACGAGCGUCCCAAAGUGGCUUACAACCGUUUCAGCGACGAAAUUCCUGUGAUUUCAUUGAAGGGCAUCGACGAUGGGCGACGAAAAGGAAUUUGUGACGAAAUCGUGAAGGCUUGUGAAGAAUGGGGGAUAUUUCAGGUGGUGGAUCAUGGCGUUGAUGCUGAUUUGAUCGCCCAAAUGACGAGCCUUGCCACCGCGUUCUUCGCAUUGCCGCCGGAGGAAAAGCUCCGGUUUGAUAUGUCCGGUGGCAAGAAAGGAGGCUUUAUUGUGUCCAGCCACCUACAGAACAAACGCUUGCUUUCUGAUCAAGAAGGUGACAGAAAACCAAAAUUUCUUGGCCAAUUUCUGAUAGAAACAAUUAGCGGAGAGAUGUGA